AUGGAUUCUCUUACGAAAGAGGCUGUCCAGAGCUUCCUUUCUCUGUCUGUGCUGUUGUACGCUUUACUUGGGUUGAUAAUCAGCAAAAUCAUUUGGUUGAUCCUAUUUCACCCACUUCGUCAGAUUCCAGGCCCAUUGUUCGCCAAAGUAACCGAUCUCUGGCACCUAUAUCAUUGCUGGGGUGGGAAACGACACCAUAAGUUGGUGGAGCUACACAAAAAAUAUGGUAACGUAGGGAAAGGGCCGUUUGUUCGAAUUGGACCUAAUAUGGUUUCAACCAACACAUCGCAGGCAAUACCCGCUAUCUAUUCUGCUCAUGCACCGGUCCUGAAGUCGGGAUUUUACCAGGCCUUUGCACCGGGAAUGCCUAGUAGUUUUACGACCAAUGAUAAGAUUUACAAGCAGAAGAAGCAAAUAUUAUCUUCUUCGUUUGCGCCCCGCAAGCUUGAAGCCAUGGAGCCGUUGAUUCGUCUCCAUAUUGACAAGUUUUGUGAAAUUAUUGCAGCAGCUGGAAACGUCGACAUUGCCGUGAUGUUUGGUGCUCUAUCUAUGGACGUUCUGUCUGAUCUGUGCUUCGGCCAAAGCUUCGACACUCUGGCGGAUGAGCCAGAAAGAGAUCACAUUUUGGAGGCUAUGGAAAAAUCUGUUCAAUUGGUCAUUAGAGAAGGAACUAUGCAUAAAUGGCCACGCGCUAUCUGGAAGUUCCUUCACGCAAAGGAAGAUGUGAAAAAGCGGGGAUACGUCUAUCAGAGAGCAGCAGAAGCAAUGAUGCGCCAAAUGAAUACUCAAUGCGACCGAGAGGACUUCUUCAGCAAUAUACUUCAGGCCCGAAGGCCGGAAACCGGAGAGCCGUAUGAUCAGCGCGAACUGAUGGGUGAAGCAAUCCUUCUCCUGUUCGUUCACACCCUCCAGCCAUUUGUAGCAGGAUCCGAUACCACGUCUACAGCGUUGACCGUGAUUAUCUGGCAUUUACUGGCAAACCCCAAGACGAUGCAGAAAUUGACAGACGAAAUAUGUGAGAAGUUUGACUCCGCGGAGGAAAUACAGUAUAAGGAGCUCAAAGGGCUCUCAUAUCUGCAUGCGGUAAUAGAGGAAGGCCUCAGAAUAUGUCCACCAAAUCCAGGUUUGAUUCCACGGGUCGUUGUCGACAGAAACCCAGGCCAUUUAGCGAUUGGGGACCAUGUCUUCCCUCCUGGUACUGAAAUUGGAGUCUGCAAUCUUUCACUUCAUCGUAAUCCCGAAUAUUUUGAUGAUCCGGAUGCCUUCCUUCCGGAACGCUGGUUGGAGAACUCUUCUCUCAAAUGUGACAAAGGUGCAUUUUCUCCAUUCUCCUACGGCCCCAGAUCGUGUCUGGGUCGAAACAUGGCAUACAUGGAGAUGAGUCUGACGCUGGCUCUCCUUGUCUACCAACUCAAACUAUCAUUUGUCAAUCAUGACAGAGAAAUGCUGGCUGGAUUUGACGUUGAGGAUGCCUUUGUCGCUAUAAAGCCGUCAGUUCAAGUAAAAGUGACAAAAGCCGAGAGCACAAAGGCCCUGUGA